ACAAAGUGUUGAAAUUUUAUUCAGUAUUUCAAUAGAUUUAAUUUGUUUUAUCAGUAAUAAAUGUCUAAAAUGACUAACGUAAACUCGAGUCUGGCGUAUGAAAUAUUGCUUUAUCUAAAUUCCUUUUAUUUGGGAAUGUUUUUCGUAUGUGAAAUCGCUAUGGGUAUAUUAAAGGCGAUAAAUGUGUCUUAUCCAGAAAAUGCCCUAUGGACUGAGGCAGGAAUAUUUUGUGUGCUUUGUCUUGUUGAAGUAAUACGUAUUUUUCUAGGAAGACGUGGGAAUUUAGCUAGUAAAAAAGUUCCUGUAUUUUUUUCUGUGUUGUUGACAAUACCUUGUGCAGUUGGUGUGUGUUAUUUCCUCAUAUACCAAACAUAUAUACUAAGACUAGAAUACAUAUGGUGUGCUGUGAUGUUAAUGUUCCAUGCUUUGGAACUUACUUUUGCCAUUUUGUUCAUUUUUACGGUGUGUAAAAACCAACAGUACGAAUAGAACAGGUUUAAAAGUACCUCCUUGCCAAAGAAAUACUGAUUGCCAAAUUGUUUACCAGAUUGUAAUGCAUUUAUACACAAUCUAAAACAUUUACAUUCUUAUUCAGAGGAGAGUACUUUACAAAGACAUUUAAUAAUCUAUUUUUAUAGAUAGACAUUUAAAAUUCUAUUAUAACUGCUUUUAUA